AUGCCAGCCCCUCUCUAUCUAACUGGGCCAUGUGAAAUAUGUGAUCAACCUGCUCAUGGACGUCAUUUCGGAGUGAUGAGUUGUCGCGCCUGUGCCGCGUUUUUCAGAAGGAUGGCAACGAAAAAUGACAAAAUAUCACAGAAAAAUAGGAAACGAAGUUUGUUGGAAAAUGAAAAGUUGCCUAACAUGAAUAUUGAAACAUUUUGUUUUCUUGGAAACUGUGUAAUUUACAAAAAUGGAAAGUUCAACUGCAAGAAGUGUCGGCUGAAAAAGUGCUAUGACAUGGGGAUGGACGCCAAAAAAUUCCAGACGAAUCGUGAUCCAAUAUCGUCAACCAACACAUUUUUUGAACGUCUAUUGUUUACGGGACCUCAAAGUAUGUCUAAUUUUCUCGGACGACCGGAAUUCAUUUUAUGCUGUGAACCGGACAAAGCUUCUCAUAUUAAAACUGUAAUUGAUGUGUCUCAUCUGUUAGAAAAAGCGAGAAGGAUUUUCAAAGAGGAGGAGUCAUUCAGCAAAGUUAUGCCAUACAACUUUGAAAAUAGCCUAGAAAAACUAUCCUAUUCUAUGGAUUUGAUGCGUUCGAAAAACCCAAAAAUACCUCUUGAAAAGCUCAGAGUUAUUGGAAAAACUGAAGCACUUUUCUUCUGGGAACAAGAGUUUCUAGGCUCCGCCUAUUGGUUUGCAGGUAUUCCAGAGUUUAUGGAAUUGGAUUUAAGUAUCAAGAUAGAAAUCGUAAAAGCCGCAUGGAUACUAUGGAUUAGAUUGGAAAAACUAGCAGAGACUGCGUACUAUCACAAGAAACAAAAACUGGACGGUGAUUUGAUUAUUUGUGGACAACAUACAUGUAUGGAUAUGAAAGAUUUUGAGAUUGAUAUCAAGUGGUGCACAAAUUAUACUAUGGAACAAAUGAGAUUUUACAUAAUGCCAGAAACUGACAAAGAUUGGAAAGAAUGUGUACGCGAACUAAUCAAUUUGAAUCCAACGAAUGUAGAACUGAACUUUAUGCUUCUUCAACUUUCCCUGCAUUCCGCUGGAAAAAGACAUCAAGGAAAAGUUCUAGAAGCAACUGAACGACUUCUGCAAAUUCAAGCCGAUCAUCUUCAUAAAUAUUAUAUUGAAACGCUGAAAAUGCCCCAUUAUGCUAAAAGAUUGACGGAGCUGCUGAAAGUGAACAAAUCAAUUGAAUUGGAUGGUCGGCGAAGAAAGGAGAGAGUACAGAUCGCCCAACUGUUUGAUGUGUUCUCAAUCGAUUUCUCUCAUCCGGAGAUGUUUGAAUUUACAUGA